UUGACCGUCUGCUACCUCUUUCAAUGGCCACGAUACAAACAACGCUCGGACCAGUGUCUGGCUUCGUAGAUACGCAUGUAAUAUCCGACAAAUCAACAGCUGAUCAGCCAAAAAGCAAUCAAAAGCCUGUAGUCAAGUAUCUUGGACUACCAUAUGGCGAGGCCGGCAGAUGGGAACAAGCUCGUCCGCAUAUGCAGUGGUCAGCUACAAAAGCUUGCCUCGAAUAUGGUCCUGCUACGCCACAAUUACCCGCCGUAAUGGGCCAACGUAUGGCAAAGGUUGAUGGCUUCUUGAAGCGGUUGCAUCUUGGCAUUUCCGAGAAGGAUAUUUACACGCUCAACAUCUACACACCUGAUGGUGCCAAGGAAGGAGAUGACCUACCAGUCAUGGUUUGGCUGUAUGGAGGUUCCUGGAAAGAUGGUUCCGCUAGUGCCAUGAUCUAUGAUGCGACUAAUGUGAUCAGAGAUGCUUCUCAGCCAGUCAUCAUUGUCACCGUCAAUUAUCGUACCAACAUCUUUGGCUUUCUUGCAACGGAGGAUUUGAGAGACAAUGACGGGCUCGUUGGCAACUAUGGUCUACGGGACCAAUUGCUUGGACUCAAGUUCGUAAAAGACAAUAUUCGCAAAUUUGGAGGCGAUGCAGGCAAUGUCACCAUCUACGGCGAAAGUGCAGGUGCUGCGAGUGUCGUUUAUCAUUGUGUCGGUCGCGAUGCAAUCUUCAAAAGAGCCAUUGCUCAAUCUGGAGGGACAGGAACCAUGUCUUUCCUCAACAUUCGCGAUCACGAAGCCCUUUGGAACUUGAUACUCAAGUCAUUUGGAAUUGUCUCUGAAGACAAGGCUGAACGCGUAAGGCGAGCGAAAGAGAUUCCCAUGAAGCACUUGCUGGGUUUCCUCCACAAGAUGCCCGGCUUGAUCUUCUCCGCAUGCCAAGAGCAAGGGCCUAAUGCCAUCUGGACUGAGCACCCAGCUGCCAAAUUCGACCGUGGCGAGACUGUGCCAUCACUCGAGUCGUUCAUGGCUGGGGUUUGUACCGACGAAGGUCUUAUCUUUGCCCAGUUGUUUGGCAUGCACGACGAUCAAUCAAGAAUUGAUUCAUUUGUCAAGAAACAUGGCGCAGCGGCAGCAUAUUAUCCACAUGUCUACGCAAACAUCGGAGAUGCCAAACAGCACAAGGGUGAUCUCGAGUCGCAUCCGGCCUCGCGUAUGAUUCACAACGAGCUGUUUGAGGGACCAGUCGUAUUCGAUAUCGAGCGGCUAUCGAAAGCCGGUAAGGUCAAGUGCUUCCUGUACAGGAGCAAUGCUAUUCUCCCGUCGUGGCGAGAGUUUGGAUGGGGUGUUCAUCAUGCGUCAGAGCUGCCUCUUGUAUUCAAAACAGCUGGUCUUUGGCGAAAUGACGCCAAUGCGGAGGAAGCAAGAACUGCCCAAGACUACGUCGACAAGUGGGUCGCGUUUGCGGCAAGGGGUGAACCAGCAAACACACAAGUAUGGCCGCAAUACAGCGCGUCAAACCGCCAGAGAUACGUGUUUGAGAUGGGGGGAAGCAGUGCAAGCCAUCUGGAAGAAGUCGACAUUAGCCCAGCAAUGCAAUUGCAUGAAGGUGUGAUUAAAGCAGUCGCAGGCAUACAGAGCGGAUCUAAGCUGUAGUGAUAUGUCGUAUACGUGUAAGCCUUUAGACUCGAUGAGUUUGUUUUGGAGAUGUUUGCUCAUGUGACUAAAGAAAGAUGAUGCGAGGUAAUUUAGUUCUAC